AUGUUCACUGUCAUGCUGAUUGACGCCCAACCUGACGAACGUCCCGGGAUCCGCAUCGCCUACAGGACGGACGGUCACCUGCUCAGUCAACAGCGGAUGAACUUCCAAUCGCGCGUAUCCACAAGCACAGUUCACGAACUACUCUUCGCCGACGACUACGCGCUCAAUACCACCUCGGAAGAUGACAUGCAAAAGAGCAUGGAUAUCCUCUCCGUAGCCUGGAAGAACUUCGGUCUGGUCAUUAACAUGGAGAAGACGGUGGUCAUGCACCAACCGCCACCCAACACAGCCCCUCCCCACAAUGCGCUGCAAAUCAGCGGGAACGGGACCCAACUGCAAGUGGUGGACAACUUAAAGUAUCUGGGCAGUACCCUUUCCUGA